UGCUCUGGUACCCACCAGGCUGAACAGAGGAAAAAAGGGGUAUAUAUCCCAGAGAGAGAAAGAUCCCCAUCCCUACCUACCAUGUCAUAAUACCCCUCCACCCCAUACAUUCAUUCGUAAAUUAAUACUUUUGUUCCGCGAGAAAAAAACGCAAGAAAGACAGGUAAAAGGAAGCAAGAAAACUCCGAAGAGCUCACAUCUUGCCAACCCCACUAGCAGCAGCACCACCAUCGUCCUUGUCACCAGCCACGCUAUCGCAAUCAGCUUCAUCGCCAGCCACCUUGACGCGACCGGCCACAGCACGAGCGCGAGGAGCCCCAGCAUCGCUGCGCCCGUGAUACCGCCCACGGCUCCCCCAACUACGCCUGCCGUUUUGCGUUUUUCGGCCGCGCAGACGUCGGUGGGCUCUGGUGGGGGGAUCGAUGGGGUGGAGGAGAGUGCGGCUUCUGGAGUGGUGGUUGGUGAUGGCGGUGUGCUGGAGGAAGGGGCUGGCGACGAUGACGACGAUGACGACGACGACGAUGAGAUGGAUGAUGAGAUGGAUGAUGAGAUGGAUGAUGAGAUGGAUGAUGAGAUGGAUGAUGGCGAUGGAGAUGGAAGAGAGGAAUUUGUGUUCGAGUCCAAGCGUGAGAGUUGAAGCGUUCCCAGGGUUGGUGUGGUGAUUC